AUUGUCGAUGUAAACAAAGUAGAAACAGCAACACAUCAUCAUCGUCCAACACCACAACCACCACUUUGCCCCUCGUUCUCUCCGCCCCCAUUUACACACAUAUUACAUAUAUACACACUUCAUCAUCUUAAAACAAUACACACAUUGUGCAUUUUGUGUGAUACCCAUCUCAUUACUCUCCAAUCCCUGUGUAUUAUAAUCAUCGAAAUGGCUUCUAUUUUCCAAGGAGUUGGAGCAGCUACUGCUAUUUCAUCCUCAGCUUGUUUUGAUUCCAAGAAACUCAUCUUUUCUGCUGCUACUCCUAGGUUUCUCACAGAGAAAAAAGGAAGCUUUUUUAUGGUUAGAUCUGAUGGGAGAUUGAAUCAUAAUAAUGGGAUUAGUAGCAGAGCUGAGAAGAUUGUCACUAAUGCUGUUGCAGCGAAGGCUGAUGCCCCAGCAGCAUCUGCAACUUCCAAAUCUGGGCAUGAGCUUUUGCUGUUUGAAGCCCUCCGUGAAGGUCUGGAAGAAGAAAUGGACAGAGAUCCUCGUGUUUGCGUGAUGGGGGAAGAUGUGGGUCACUAUGGAGGUUCAUACAAGGUGACUAAAGGUCUUGCUCCAAAGUUUGGUGAUCUCAGGGUCCUUGAUACCCCAAUUGCUGAGAAUUCUUUUACUGGUAUGGGAAUUGGAGCGGCCAUGACAGGCCUCAGGCCGGUUAUAGAGGGAAUGAAUAUGGGGUUUCUUCUACUCGCGUUCAAUCAGAUAUCUAACAAUUGUGGCAUGCUUCACUACACAUCUGGGGGACAGUUUACCAUUCCAGUUGUCAUCCGAGGGCCUGGUGGAGUUGGGCGCCAGCUUGGGGCAGAGCAUUCACAACGUCUCGAAUCAUAUUUCCAGUCCAUUCCAGGAAUUCAAAUGGUAGCAUGCUCAACACCAUAUAAUGCCAAGGGAUUGAUGAAAGCUGCUAUUCGAAGUGAGAACCCAGUCAUAUUGUUUGAACAUGUUCUGCUUUACAAUCUCAAGGAAAAGAUACCUGAUGAGGAGUAUGUUUGUAAUCUUGAGGAAGCUGAGAUGGUUAGACCCGGGGAACAUAUAACAAUUCUUACAUAUUCCCGGAUGAGGUAUCACGUGAUGCAAGCUGCCAAGACUUUGGUGAACAAGGGUUAUGAUCCCGAAGUUAUUGACAUCAGGUCGUUAAAACCAUUUGAUCUUCACACCAUUGGAAACUCUGUAAAGAAAACUCACCGUGUGCUGAUUGUGGAGGAGUGCAUGCGGACUGGUGGUAUUGGUGCCAGUUUGACUGCUGCUAUCAACGAAAAUUUCCAGGACUAUUUGGAUGCCCCGAUUGUUUGUUUGUCGUCACAGGAUGUGCCAACACCAUAUGCUGGAACUUUAGAGGAAUUCACUAUAGUUCAGCCAGCCCAGAUUGUGACAGCUGUAGAGCAGCUAUGUCGAUGAGCCGUAGCCUGACAAGUUAUUGCAGUCCCUGUUCCAGUACUGUAUUAUCCCCAAGAGUGCUCAGCAUCUUAGUUUACUGCUGAAUUUGGACUUGUUUUCUUUACAUAUUUUCAGGUUUGUAGUAUCUAAUUAUGUCGAGAAGUUUUCCUUUCGUAUAUUUUGUUUCUUUACUUCACUGUGUCCAAAGGAUAUAAGUUAUGUCGUGCACAAUGCUAUAAAAAACCCAUAAGAUGUACUCUAUAUUA